AUGGCGUCACAAGACGAUUCCUCCCACUCAGCAACCCUGAGCCCAACCACCACGGCCGCGACCCCCUCCGCCGAUGGCUUCCCGACCCACUUCCUCCCCUCGUCGAUAUCCUCCAUGGCGUCCCCCAGGACCCCGAAGCGCGCCUCGGCCAUGACGAAGACGUACAUCACCAAGACAUACCAGCAGGCGUCCACGCUGUUCCUGACGCGUCGUUUGCCCGAGGCCCUCACCACCCUGUUACCCCUCAUCACGCCGCCCAGGUCCGGAGACGAUGGUUCGGUCAAGGGGGGCCCGCCGGCCGAGCUGGCCCCGAUUGCGAGGGCGCCGAGGAAUACGCGGAUCAAGGUGUGGAGCUUGUAUUUGACCAUUUUGAACGCGGUGCUGGAGAUGGAGCCCGAUGAGGGGAAGGAUGCCUUUGGGACGCAGGAGUGGAGGGUGUUGUGUAAUAAGGUGCGGGAUGGAGACGUGUGGGAGGAGGUUGUGCAGAAUGGAUAUCAUGGCGUCGAGGGGGACGUUGAUUCCGACGUCGUCAUCAACCUUGCUACGUUAUUGCUUGCCCACGCCCGCACCCAGAACCUCAACCAGAAGAGACUCGAGACCUACCUCGCCACCUGCAACACCCCGAACCUCGACAUCUCCCACCGCUUCAAUGGCCCCCGCACACCAACCAACCGAUACAUGUCCCCAGCACGAGGGGCCGUCAGCGGCGCCGACACCCCCCGCGACCUCAACGCGCGUGUCAAAAUACUCGAGCUCUACACGCUGCACGUCCUCCUCCGCAACAACGAGUGGGAAUACGCCCGAGAAUUCAUCAGCGUGAGCUCCGUCCUCGACGAAGAGCGCCGCGAGGCCUUCCUGCAAGCCCUCGAGAGCCUCCAAGAGGAACAGCAAGAGGCCGAAAGGCGCGAGCGCGAGGAGCGGGAGAGGCAGCAGGAGGAGCUGAGGCGGGAUAUCGAGGAGGCGCGGAGGCUGCGCGCUGAGAAUGAGAAGAUGGAGCAGCGGAGGUUGCAGGAGGAGAGGGAGCGGAAAGCGGCUGCUAGUGAGGUCGAUUACGGCAUAGAGGAGUCGCCGAAGCCUCUGCAGAAAGCCAAGCCGCGGAAUAACAUCAAGUCGGCGUUGUCGAAGACGAAUAAUAAUAAUAACAACAGGAGACCGGGUCCUGUUGCGUCGCAGCCGCUUACCCUUGGCGAUCGAGCUACUCUCAUGUUGCAACGGUUCCAGGGCAUGCUUGAUCACCUAAGCGCGACGUUCCAUACGAACCCUAUCUUCCUACUAAGGUUGAUGGCUUUUGUCUUGGGUCUUAUUUUCAUGUUUUCGAGCCGCGCUAUCCGUGAGAGGGUGAAGAGGAUAAUGGCCGCCGCUUGGGGGAAGGUGAAGGCGACGGCGGGGAUGGGUGUCAAGGUCAGUUAUGUAUGA